AUGGAGAAAUCGUCCACAGUCAGCCAACCUGUCCCACAGAAGCAAAAGGAGGUGGAUGAUGACAAACAGGAUGGGAGACUGCAGGUGGAGCAGGGGACCACAGAUGAGGCGUUAACAGACCAAAAAGCGAUGGCAGGAGAGGCUUUGAACAGGAGGAGCAUCUGGGAGCCAAGUGUGUACUACGCGCUGGGAAAGGAGUCUUUCUAUUUUGCUGGUCAUGACAUCAGCAUCCGCGAGUCUAUGGAUUCUUAUGGUGCUCUGAUCUGGCCUGGGGCGAUAGCUUUGUGCCAGUUCUUGGAGAAUAACCAGCAACAAGUGAAGCUGAUGGACAAAGCAGUGCUGGAGAUUGGGGCUGGGACUGGUUUGCUUUCAAUAGUGGCCAGUCUGCUUGGUGCUUGGGUGACAGCUACUGACCUGCCAGACAUCCUGUCAAAUCUGACCUUUAACCUAAUGCGGAACACCAAGGGCCGGUCCCGCUACACUCCUCAGGUGUCGGCCCUUACCUGGGGUCAGGACCUGGAGCGACACUUUCCCUACCCGUCCUACCACUACGACUACGUGCUUGCAGCUGAUGUAGUCUAUCCCCACGACUACCUGGAAGAACUGCUGAAAACCAUGCGACACUUUUGCCGACCAGGAAGUCAAACAAUGCUGCUGUGGGCCAACAAGAUCCGGUUCCAGUCAGACUUGAGGUUCACAGAGUGCUUUAAGAGCAGUUUCAACACCACCUUGCUCAUUGAGCUCCCACAGCAGGAGGUGAGGAUAUACAAGGCCACAGCAAAGGAGUGAUGGAGGAGCUUCAAGGGUGGAAGACGACGCAAAAGGAUUUGUGUUUGGUUUUGUUUUUUGAGGGAAAAAAGGAAAUUCCAUUUUCCACUUGCUGAUUUAAGUCAAUGUAGAGAAAAGUCUGGUUUUGUGUCUUUACAUUCCUGGAAAGUGCUGUAACUGUUCUGAAGCAGAAGGCAAAAAUGAAGCUCCUGACUCAAUUUCUAUUUCAAUAAGCUAUUUUAUUUGCCAGUAACUUUUCAUACAUUUGAUGUCUGACUUUAUUCCACUUUUGCUAAACAAUCUGUUUUGAAAAUUAAAUUGAUUUGCUGUUAAAAUUAUCUAUAUUCAAAUUUGUCUCACAACGACACUACAUAAACCUUUAUGAAAGGUUGGCUAUUUGUGCAGG